GUUUCUACACAUGAAACGGACGUGACUCGGCUCACGACCGGAGCUCCGCAACGCGGUCCGUUGAUCCAGUCCCCACGAUGUCCGUGUUUUGUCGCGUCCGCGGAGGGAGGGCGUGUGGGUGGUUACAACCGCUGUGCGUGAUUCACAAACCCUAUUUGUUCCUACUACUUUGAGCGCCAUCUUGUUUGUAACUCUUCUACGUAAGUGGUAGAGUUCCUACCGAGGGGGUAUCCGAUUACCCUUUUUUUUUUCUCCAGCGUUAGUCUGGAAACCUCUCCCUGUAGGGCGCAUAUUGCAUUUGCUUUGUCGCCUAUUAAAACAAUACGCCGCCGUCUUUCUAACUGGACAGAAAUGAGCAUCGAAACGCUUUUGGAAGCAGCCAAGUUUUUGGAAUUGCAAGCCCAGCAACAACAGAAAGCACGUGAGGAUGAACUAAAGGAAAAGCAACGUCUGGAGCAGUUGGCAGAGCAGAGGCACUGUGAUGCGAACUAUAACUCAACGAUCCACAUCAACAAUGUUUCUAAAGCAGAGGAGUGCCGCCCGCUGCCCGUCCCCCCCUCUCUGCCUCCCUCCUCCAUGCCCAUCACUGUCAUCCCCAUCCCCGUGGUCACUCCCAACCUCAUAGGCUCCUCCGCUCUGCCUGUCGCCACGCUCUCCCCUCCAGCUGCCACCAUUCUGCCACGCGCUCCACAACCCAAACUUGACCACCCAACCUCUGUGCUGACCGCCAACCACAAGCAGCUGAUACAGAACCACCAUCAUCACCAACAGCUCAUCGUCCAAACUAACAAUACUAAACUCCAGCAGCAGACUCACCCGCAGCUGGUUCAACGCUACCCUGGCUCCAUCGUCUCGCCCCCCCAGCAGCUUGCCUUACUCCCUCAGCCGGGCCUGGUGGUCCAGCAGGCUCCUCUGCAGAACGGCCCCAUCAGCCGGGGGAGUCCUCCUGAUGACGGCCGCCAGCUAGACAAGAAGAGGCCUGGAGGGGCAGGCACAAGAGAAGUGCAUAACAAGCUUGAGAAAAACAGACGAGCACAUUUGAAGGAGUGCUUUGAGACGCUGAAGAAGAACAUCCCCAACAUAGACGAGAAGAAGACCUCCAAUCUGAGUGUGCUGAGAAGCGCGCUGAGAUACAUUCAGACAUUGAAGCGGAAAGAGAAGGAGUACGAGCAUGACAUGGAGCGACUGGCCAGAGAGAAGAUCGCCACACAGCAGCGAUUAGCAGAGCUGAAGAACGAGCUGAGCCAGUGGAUGGACGUGAUUGAAAUCGACCGUGUCCUCCGACAGACGGUACAGCCAGAGGAGGACCAGGCUUCUACCUCAACUGCCUCAGAAGGUGAAGACGUAAUGGAUGAUGACCUGGAGGAUGAGACUGCGCUGAGAGCACAGACUGCCUUACCCACCGUGCCUCAAACCAUGAAACCUGAGCUGCACAAGACUGCAAUACCUACUCAGACACCCACCACUACCUCCUUCAUCACGCAACACAUCUCCAUCCAGCACAAAGUCCCUCUGCAUCAGCCUCAGCUCCAGCCGUUGACGGUGUCCAAGCCUGCAGCCCCAUCGGCACUCACAACAUCCAGCACUCGCAUCACCUCCUGUCAGCCCCUGAUCCCCACCCACACACAGAUGGUGACCGCCUCCAGCCUACACCCCACAGUUAUUGCCCACGCUUCAGUGUCCCAUCCCUCAGUCAUCCAAGCAGUCAACCACGUCAUCCAGGGAGGGGGUCCCAAACACAUUGCCCACCUGGCUCCAUCCACCACCACCAGCAGUGUCCAGUUAGCCCCCAGCCACCAACCCAUCGGCCACAUCACCGUGCACCCGGUGGCUCACCUGAGUCAGCAUUUACCUGCCCUCUAUCCUCAACCGAUGGCUGUCACACAGUCAGCGGUAGUCGGUCACAUUACCCACACGCUGAACCAUGCUCACCCUCACAUGAACGGCACUGCGACUAGCCAACCAGCUGCCACCAUUGUUGGCAAACAGACAGCAGUGAGCACCCAAAUGGUGACCCACCACCCACAACUUGUGGGUCAGACAGUGCUCAACCCUGUGACAAUGGUGACCAUGCCUUCCUUCCCUAUCGGCACUCUGAAGCUGGCUUGAACACUGCCAAUAGGACCACCAGGCUGCGAGAUGGAGACGCCCCUCAAUAGGGGACAACUACAGGCCUCAGACCAGGCCACCGACGAGCCCAACGAGAGGGCCGGAGAGCUGCUGGACACCUGAUCCAGAGUUUCACUAGCAUCAAGAAGCAUUACAGCUGAUACAAUGCCAGGAACAUUCCUGCAACAAAAGUGUGUGUGUGUGUGUGUGUGUGUGUGUGUGUGUGUGUGUGUGUGUGUGUGUGUGUGUGUGUGUGUGUGUGUGUGUGUGUGUGUGUGUGUGUGUGUGUGUGUGUGUGUGUGUGUGUGUGUGUGUGUGUGUGUGUGUGUGUGUGUGUGUGUGUGUGUGUGUGUGUGUGUGUGUGUGUGUGUGUGUGUGUGUGUGUGUGUGUGUGUGUGUGUGUGUGUGUGUGUGUGUGUGUGUGUGUGUGUGUGUGUGUGUGUGUGUGUGUGUGUGUGUGUGUGUGUGUGUGUGUGUGUGUGUGUGUGUGUGUGUGUGUGUGUGUGUGUGUGUGUGUGUGUGUGUGUGUGUGUGUGUGUGUGUGUGUGUGUGGACCCUCACUUGUCACCAUUGUUGCAGAAAUUGGAGCAGUCUUCAUUUUCACAUGAGCUUUACGGAAACUGCUUCAUAGAGGGAAAACGUGUGGAGGUACUGGCUGGUAGUUAAACUCCCCGUUAUCACUGUGACUGCUGUGGAUUAACAGAUAGAUCAUGUAUUCGAGAGGGAGAAGCUACACUGGGUUUGAAGCCUGUGACAUGUAUGAUCAGAGUGUUAGACCCGCCAUAACCAGCACGUUGGGAAUGUGAUUUCGAGGAGCUCCUCCUCUCCAGCAGAGACACAUGCUGCAGGGCUGGAGCCAAAUCACGGACUGGACCAGAUCCUGAACAGAAGCUGCAGUCCUCAGUUAUGGUGCAUACAGCAAUAGCACGCCCUGCUGGCUGAUUGUGUUUUAAUACUACUAUCCUGUGACAAUGGAACAAAGAAAAAAAAAAAACCUUACAGUUGAGUAUAAUGCCGAUGGAUAUCAUUCACAGCCACUUAAAUUAAAAUAUUAUGCAGUUUUGUCAGGGUUGGGGUUUUAGUGUUGGACACUCAAAUUAUUACUUAUCUUUUAGUAUUUGUCCUUCAAACUUACUGGCGGCUGUUCACGGAGUACAAGUUUAAGGAUAAAGUUAUGUUUUUGUCACAGCUGCUAUUGAAAAAAAAAUAUAUAUAUAUUUUUGCCAAAUGGAAUCAUUUUUAGAUGCCCCCUAAAUGCAAACACAACAACACAGUAGUGUGUUUAAAUACUAAACGUGUGAGAUACAACCUCCGAUGCUCCACGGUGAGGGCGUUGAGUGUUCAGAGGUUUUGAAUGUGAAUACAUAAAGGUCCAUAAAAUGUAGUUAAGUGUGUUUCUUUGCUGUCUUGCAAGGCAAACGGUAGUAGGAUGUGUUUGCAUGCUGUGAAAGCAUGCCAUGACUGUUGAUUAUUCAUCUUGGAAGCAAGGAGCCAUCGGGUUGUUCUGCUUUGCAGACUUUGACAAGUUGCAGUAGGAAUGUUACAUAUUUUCUUUGCUCAGAGUCGAAGCUCUGUCAUUCAUAGCGUGUUUGGAUCGGUAUAAAGUGAUCUCAACGGCUGGCAUAAAUCCAAUCAAUGUGUGUUUUUUAAGAUGAUCCUAUUCCAAAGCUAGCACUGUGAACAUUUCUAUAGUCUCAAUGAGCAGCAGCUUAGCGUAGCACUUGCUAGAACAGCAACAUGCUGUGUUCUCGUUUCAUCUGAAUGUACUGAUCUAUGAAAGGAUGCGGAGUCGUGCACUCAUCAGAAGUUAACCCCCCUUUUUAAAAAAAAAGAAAAUGCGAUUACUUUAUUAAAGUAUCUAUUGUAAGUAAAAUGUAACAUUUAAAACUGAUUUUGUAUUUUUAAAAUUACUGUUGCUUGUUUCAUCUGAAUAAUAGCUUUUUAUGUUCAGACUAAUUAUUGGUAUUUGAUAAUAGUUUGUUUUUUUCAACUGGGACCAUGUACAGUGCUGUAUAUCAGGUGGUGCGACUACACAGACCUCUUCCCACCUUGAUAUUACAUUCGGCCACUGUAGAAAGUAUUCUCCCCGUAAUUGUUUUUUAUUUUUUGUUCUGAUGCAAUAUGAUUAAAGCAGGGACUCUUGGGUUUGACUAAUUGCAGAGAUACAGAGAUAAAGUAAUGCUUUUUUCACCCUCAUAUUUUAUGCAAAUAAUAUUGAACAAAUCAUAAUGAAAUCAUAUUGUAGCAAAACAAAAUGUGUACAAAUGAACAGGGAUUCAGAUACUUGAAGAAGCAACAAUAUACUUGUGUUUUCCCUAUGGAGAAAGUUUAAGUUGUGUGUGUGUGUGUAUAUAGCCUGUAAAUGUUGGGCUGCAUUUAGAUCUAACUGUAUGAUGUAAAAAGCUGGGAAAAAUA